AUGCCCGAGACGGUGGUGCGUGCCGUGCACCCCACGCCGAAUGUGGCCAAGGGAAUCGAGUACUGGGAGAGUGUGCCUGCGACCGUAGACGGUGUGCUGGGAGGAUUUGGAAAUGGCACACUGCCGCGCGUCGAUGCGAUGGGCUCGCGCACGUUUCUGCUGCGUGUGCUGCCCUACCUGAGCAGUACGCCGCCGUGUGCGUACAAUGGCACGCCGAAAGAGUGGCUCGAGGAGCGCAUCGAGGAGCGCGGCGGACGCGGUGCGACAGUCACCCGCGCGCUCGACUGCGGCGCGGGCAUUGGGCGCGUGUCGGAGCACAGUCUGCUCCCUCUCGUCGACGAAGUGCACCUCGUCGAGCCGGUACACAAGUUUCUGCAGCAGGCCAAGCGCAGCUCGGAGAACUGGGCGCCGCUCUCGCAGACCGAGUCGACCUCGCCCUUCCACGCAAAAAAGGUGGCCUACUUCCAUACGUCGACCCUGCAAGGCUUCCCGAUCGCGCGGCCGUACACGGCCGUGAAAGACGCCGCGCUCCAGAUUCCCCCGACAGUCAUGGGCAAUAUGGCGCCUCCACCGACAGAGGAGCCGGUGCAGUUUGAUGCAGUAUGGUGCCAGUGGUGCCUGCAGCACCUGUCCGAGUCGGACCUGCUCAAAUUUCUGAAGGAGGCGAAGCGCGCGCUCAAGGCCCCAUCGGGCUCCGGUGAGCACGCGUUCCCGGGUGGUGUGAUUGUCGUCAAGGAAAACGUGUGCCGCGACGGCGAGGGCGGAACGGAAUCGACGUGGUACGACGAAGAGGACUUUUCCGUGACGCGCUCGCGCAAGCUCUACGAGCGUCUCUUUAAUGCAGCUGAGCUCGAAGUCGUGCGCACCGAGGUCCAACUGGGCUUUCCGGAGGAGCUAUUUGAUGUACAGAUGUGGGCACUGCGUUAA